AUGGCAUCCACCUCUGAUAUCCAAGCGGUUAUAGCUGCUGCAUUAGAACAACAAUCGAGAAAUUUAGAGGCUCAACUUGCAACCCACAAUGAAGCCAUCACAAAGCUCAUGGCUAAGACCAACUUGAUUGAUGAUUCCCCAGAAUCCUCGAAAACCAAUUCAAACACGCCAAUGGCGCAACCUGGCAGAUCAUCAAAGUCAAACUCCACUCCAAUCAACAAGGGAAAGGCAAGCACUGCUCAAGGACUUGGAACAUCAAAAUCAGCCACACCAAAAAAAUCCUACUAG